AUGGCAUCUACAGUAGCCUCGGCCACUCCUUCCGACGUAACAAUCAACAUCUUCAAGUCUCUGCCGACGAGACCGCCGACGCCCCCACGGGAGCCACCCGUUCCCGACCCCGACGUCUCCCUUCGAUCCGUCAUCCUCUCCCGCUCUCAAGCCUUCGACCCACGCCGGAGCCUCCAGACGCCACCCAACGCCCAUUCGCCGUCCUCUCCCGUCCCGACAAGCUCUGUUCCGAGCUCGAGCAGGACGCGCAAGAAGGUGGAGUGGUCCAGUCGCACCGAGUACAAGGACCCUCCCGACUAUCGCAACGGCAUCCGAUCGUCUCCCGCCUCUGCGCUGUCUUCGGCUUCGUCCAAACCCAUCAAGGGGAUCCUGAAGCGGUCGUCUUCUCCGACACACCUAUCAUCAUCUCUAGGGAGCCAACUGGAUGACACAACCGCCCAGCUAAACAUUGUGGAGAUGCUCGAGUCCGCCGUCCGGCAGCUCGCCGGUUCCGACCGCGACUCCAAGCUCGAUGCCUACAUGAUGCUUGCCCGCGCGCUCAAAACGUCCAACAACCUGCCCGAUCGGGUUGCUUUGCAGGACAAGAUGAGCUUGUUCACUCAGUUCAUCCAACGAGACAUUGUGUCGAGGAACGACAACGGCAGCCUUGACACGUCCCUGAUCAACCAUGCCCUCAACCUUCUUGCCACAUUCCUCAACUUUCAAGCCAUUGCCUCGACCAUCGCCUCAGACUUUGGCAUCUUCAUGAUUGAUCAUGCCAUUCGAAGUUUCGAGGACCCCUCAAUACCCAAGGAUGUUGUCCGCCAUUUGAUGCAGGUCGUCGCUCUGCAGAGCUUCUCAGCCAAGGUUCUAACGUCAGAUCGGGUUGGACGGCUUGUGGCGGCCCUGCACAAUCUCGAAGGCCACCUCAAAGGCAAAAGCAUUGUCAUGAGCCGAAUAUGGAUCUACAAGCGGCUUGUGCAGCAAUCCCGUGUCCACAUGGUGGCCCAUUCCGACUGGCUCAAGGAUCUCUUUACUGACAUGCUCAGCUCCAUCAAGGAGAUCCGCGCCCAGGCAAUUAGUCUGGGAACAACCUCUGGCUUUUUGCUAAGAUCCGACAAAAGUCUGGCCCGCAAGGUCGCAGAGAUAUUCAAGGCUGUCAACGACGAAGAAACCUACAUCGACUUUUACAUCAAGAGACUACAAGCCAUGCUCAAAGACAAGCAAGUGAGCUCCGCGGUGCCGCAGAUCUGGAGCGUCGUUAUCCUCUUUCUGCGCUGCCCCCUGGACCGAUGGCAGUAUUACGGCCCUUGGCUGACGCUUGUCCAAACCGCCUUCAAUAUGCCCGACGUAAUCACCAAACAAGAGGCAAACAAUGCCUGGAACCGCUACGUCUACCUCUCCCUGGUUGACAGCAAGCUUCCGACAAAAUCCAUCAGCAUACUCUGCCAACCCCUAUUGAGCCAGCUCAAAAGGAAAGCGAGCGCGAAGCAGCAAGAGCUUCGACGAAUAGUCAUGGGCGGCGUGUGCAGCCUGUACUACUUCGCUUUCGCCCAGAGCGACGACAAAUACCCCACAGAUGUUGUCUGGGAUGCCGCCGUUCAGCCCGUCGUCGCCCAGCUCACUAGCCUGGACGGCAACCCCGAUGCUCCCGCCGACUCCCUGUUGCAAGCAGCUCGGAUUCUUGUCGGGCUGCUAGAUGUCUCCACGCCUCGGCCGCCGCGCAACCUUGAGCGCAUCAUGGAUCCAACACCGCUCAAGCCGGAGGACCUCCUACCACUUGACUCCAAAUGGGUCAGGAGGAAUUGCGACAAGGUAUUGCAGGCCGCCGGACCCAUUCUGGAGAAGAAGUUCUUGGACCUGGCCAACAAGGAGAGCCUGGUAUACAGACUGUGGCAAGCGCUUGUCAAGACGGUUGCUGCGGCGUCAGCCAAAGACAUCAAGGUGUCUGACGAGACUACCAGGUUUUUUGCCUGCAGCUUCGGCUUGCUAUCCAAGGUCUGGACAGCUGGGUCGAGCGAUGAUGAUGCCACUCACAACAUCAAGUUUCUUGCCAGCUCGAAGCAUUACGUUCAACUACUUAUCGAUGGACUUGGCGUGCUGCCCUUUACAGAGAAGAAGCUCACCAUGGGCGAUGACAACACGUUUGAGCCAGCCGCUACGCCAUCGCAACGGCUCGACAAGGUCGAAAAGGCUCAAGGAGUUGCUCGAAUGCCUUUGCACCAUUUGUUUGUCAUGCUAUGCUCCGUUCCUCCUGGUUGCGGUGAUAAUGGGGACCUGGCAGACAUGUUCCAGGAAGUCUUCGAGCCAUUCUUCACCGGCAAGAGUGCCAAGGCACGUGCUGACCUUGCAUGGGAAAUCAUGCAAUUGCUGCCGCGAAAUACACUCUCACCAUUUGGUCCAUGGCUUCUGGCGGCAGACAAAGUGAAGCCGUCCCUGGACAAGGCCGCUCCGCCGUCGUCUGGAUCUGCUGUCUCUAGCAGCGGCGACAAAUUUCUCGGGCCCGAAUAUCGAGAUAUUGUGUCACUCCUCGAGCGCGGCCUCAUGUGUCACCCGAACUUGCCUGCUACACACUGGCAGACACUGUUCGACCUCGUGUCUGCCAAUGUUGGCCGGGACUUUGGCGAUGCCGGUCGCGCCCUCGUCCUCGUGGAGCCUCUCGCAAAAGCACUUCUCGAAAAUGCACCGCAAGACAGGUUAACCGCCUCCAUUUCACGUACGCGUGUCGCAGCGAUGCUGUUCGAUGUCGCAAAGGUGCCGCGCGAUCGACAGGCCUUGGACACUGCUCGGCUCCGACUUUGGGGCGCUCCCCCAGCCCUGGGCAAGGUCGCUUCACCGGACCCCUUUGAUCAUCUCUACAAACUCGGCAACGCUACUCUAGUCUCCUUGUACAACACUUAUGGGGGGCCUGAGACGACGACUGACACGGAUGCCCUGCUUGAAGCUGUUGGGAGGUUUCUGGAUCGAUGUGUCUCGGAUUCGACGGUAAUCAAGAUGAUCUCCAGAAUGCAAACCGGUCUAUGCCCUUGGCUUCAAGACGAAGAGGCUCAUUUUCGGUCACACGAGGAGUCUCCCAUCUUCAAGACGUUGCGCCAGCUUUGGGAUCGACUAUGCAUUGAACUGGCUGCGCACGGGCGCCUUGAGAAGAAAGACUUUGAUCUAGUAGAGCCACUUCUUGCCGCUGCGUUCAAGAGCAAGCACUCUUUCGUCGUCAGCCGGGCAGCUGAUGUCUGGAACGCUGUGGUGAAGGAUGAAGAGAAGGUAGAGUGCUCGGACAGCCUCAUGUCCAUCGUGUCCUCCCUUCGAUCGAGAGUCGAUCUCAUCAUGCCUGGGGCCGAUCUCGCAAGCGGUGAUUUUGGCGCACAAGCGUCCUCUUUUGUCGAUCUCCCACAGCACGAAAGCCCCGUGGUACUUUCGUCGUCGUCGACGCGACACAACUCGAGACAGGCAGCUUCUCCUGCAGCAUCUGUGUCUAAGCGGCCACUGACCAGAAAGCGACGCUCGGAGAUCGCGUCAGAACUGCUCGAAAAGCCGGCCAAGAGGGCGAGCACUUCACGACUUCGCCACGACAACUCUCAGAUUCACUUCGCACCCAUCGUGCCCUCGCUUCCAGCUCAGGAAGAGUCGCAGCAUCUGACCGAGCGGCAAAAAGAGGUCCGCGAGAGGCAGCAGGAGAAUGCAGUCAUGUAUCCUGGCUUGCAUUCGAGUCCUGGUCCCACUUCCGCUGCUGUCGAUCCGACGACCAAAGACAAGACAGACGCCUCCGAUGAGUGUCUUCCGAAAGCCAGCACGCCGAAGCACAAUAUGUCCUUUGAUGAACUGAUCAGCUCGACGCCGACACCCAGACGAGGACAGAUAUUGCCCAUGGACGACAUGAACGAUCCCCCGUCAUCUCCUCCCCUUCCGCGACCAUACCCCCUCCUGUCGGAAAUCCAGUCACGGUCCAGAGCCAAUAGUUCACUGGAGGAUUGGCAGUUCUCCUCCCCGACCGGGUCUCCCACGGGGAACCCCCAAGCGUCUGCGCAGGAAAGGAAGCCCGCGGAGGCGACUCCCCAGCCCCGGACCCUCAUUCCUUCCAGCAUCCCCGACGAUGAUCUCAGCGCCGCCGGAAGCCAAGACAUGUCGGAGUCGCCAACCAAGGCUGCCAACCGGCCCAGUACCCCCCCACAACGGCACCAGGAGCUCGCUGUUCCAAGCCAGGUUCAGGAAACGCCAAAGUCCGAUGAUGACGAGUUUGUGGAUGCCCGAAGCAGCCCUCGGAAGUCUUCCCCUCCCCGCAGGCUUGAAGACAAACCGGAGGUGGAUGGCAAAGAUGUGUCUUUCGCCCUGAGUGAAGGCGAUGAGAGCCAGAUGAUGAACCUCGUUGUCGAACUUGAGGCUCGGCGCUACGGCCUUCCAGCGCCCAAGGGCAACGGUCGUGGCAAGGGAAGCAGUGCUAGAAACUCGCCUGCCAACCGGUGCAUCACAGUCCACACAGAUUCUCCAUCACCCCCAGGUCCGAUGACGCGCAGCGAGUCUAGGAGGCUGGCUUCCCGCGUUGCGACGGCAACCCCUGACGAAUCUAGAGAAUCUGACAGUGGGCUGAAGAGGAAGCGAAAGCGCAGCCUUCGACAUGCUGAGAGCCGGAGUAAGAGACGGCGGUCAAGGGAGGUCGAAGAGGAGUGCAAGGCAACGGAACAGGUCGCAUCCAACUCAGAGAUGCGAGCAAAGGAGAGCGAGGGCCAGCCACGGCCGGUUAUGGAGACGAGGCGCGCUUCGCGCCGACGAGCGCAACGAGAAUCCCCUGCGCGCAGUUUGCAGGAGACAAAUCCGACAACGCCCAGACAGGAUAAGCCGAGCGAGACACGGGAUGGCGGAGACACAGACGAGGAGCUUAUGUCACAGCUAGUCUCGGAGUCGUUUGCCGCCUCCUUCACACGCGACGAGGAGCCAGAGGAGGAGGUACAGACCGAGGCCGAACCGGCGACGGCUACAAACAAAGCCAAGGCGGGACCGCGCGAGGACCAUGGGGAGGGCGGAGACCAGACCAAGGCGAUCAUGGAGACGCUGCGGAGCGGGCUGGACAAGCUCCGCACCGCGAAGCUGGACCGCGACUCGGUCUAUGAAAUGGAGGACAUGUUGAUGGACUUCAAGAGGGAGCUCUUUGAGGCGGAGAAGAGGGGCCGGGAGAGGAAGUAG